GUCCAAUAAAUUCCCUCUUAAUAUGCUGGCCCCUUCCCCGCGGUCCCUCCAAGCAGACCAACACCAGCGACGGAUUGAAACACAACAGCACUCGCUAUGACAAUCCGCCCUCUAACCCCACUCGACACCAUCAUCCUCAACGGCACCGUCGUCACAGCGGCCGACAUAGCCCGCUACGACAUCGGCAUUAAAGAUGGAAAGAUCGCCCUCCUCGCGCCAGCGGGCUCGCUAGCCGACCCUCCAUCUCCAACGACCCGGAUCAUCGAUGCACAGGGCGCCUAUGUCAUGCCCGGCGGCGUCGAUGCACACGUCCACCUCGCCGAACCACAACUAUUUGGGAAGGGGAAAGCAGCUGACGAUUAUUGCACUGGCACAAAAUCCGCCAUCGCCGGCGGCACAACAACAAUAAUCGCCUUCGCGCCACAAGACAAAUCCUCGCCCUCGCUCAUCAAAGCCCUCGACGAGACCGCCUCAAAGGCCGCGGGGGUCGCAUACUGCGACUACUCUUUCCACCUCCUCAUCGGGAACCCGACACGCGAAGCACUAGAUGAAUUUGCGCUCCUCCGCGACCGCGGAAUCUCCAGCGUGAAGAUCUACAUGACAUAUGAACUCCUGCAGCUCCGCGAUAACCAGAUCCUUGAUGUGUUACUGCAGUCGCGCAUCGACGGUGUGACGACGAUGAUCCAUGCGGAGAACGGGGAUAUGCUUUCGUGGAUGACGGAGCAAUUGGAGGCGAGGGGGUUGCUGGAGCCGAAGUAUCAUGCGACCUCGCGGCCGCAGAUUCUUGAGAAAGAGGCGACGGGAAGGGCUAUUGCGUUGAGUCAGCUUAUCGAGACGCCGAUUCUUAUUGUUCAUGUUUCGAGUCCCCUUGCUGCGGGGGUCAUCCGCGACGCGCAGACGAGUGGGCUGCCAAUCUAUGCCGAGACGUGUCCGCAGUAUCUCUUCCUGACGAGGGAUAAUCUCGCGAAACCCGGAUACGAGGGCGCGAAGUGCGUGUGCUCACCACCACCGCGAGACGGAGUCCAAGACCUCGAGGGCAUCUGGCGCGGAUUGUCGAACGGCACAUUCACCAUCCUCAGCUCAGACCACUGCCCGUUUGAAUACGAUAAUGCCGAAACAGGGAAAAAAGCAGCCAUUACCGAGGACGCACCCCUCGGCCGAUUCAGGUAUAUCCCCAACGGCUGUCCCGGCGUGGAAACUCGACUCCCGCUCGUACUGAGUGCAGGGCGCUUAUCUCCGCAGAAAUUCGUCGAGGUCACAAGUACAAACCCCGCGAAGCUAUACGGUCUCUAUCCCCAAAAGGGGGCAUUAAUCCCCGGCGUCUCGGAUGCGGAUCUGGUAAUCUGGUAUCCCGAGGGUGGCCUCGAGCCCUUUGAGCUGAAGAACGAGAUGUUGCAUCAUAAUGUGGAUUAUACGCCCUUUGAGGGGAGGACUCUGACGCAAUGGCCGAGGUAUACGCUUUUGAGGGGCGAGGUUGUGUGGGAUCGUGAUAAUGGGGGUGUUGUGGGGGAGAAGGGGGUUGGGAAAUUUGUUACGAGGGGGCGCAGUGAAUUUUGUCAGGAGCAGGGGCCUUGGGAUCCAACAAAGUUCUAG